AUUGAUGCUAAUUCAUUACAAUAAGCUAUCGGGGACGACGACUAAUAUUACUUUAGCCUAUUUAGAUUGGCAUAUGGUAAUAGACUGAUACAUCAUGCGGUGUGAUUUUGAAAGAUGCGGUGUCCAUUUUGAAAGAUGAAUAGGCUUGUUACGUUAUCAUUCUUGAAUUGGUAAUUUACUGUGAGUGAACGGUACUAUUAAUGUGAUUCCUGUUUCGCCUUCAACAGUUUCUUAUGUUGUGCGGUUAUUUAUAGUCAUACAGUUACUUUAAUUGUUAAAUUAUCUGUAUCCUAUUACAUUAGGGUACUGCAGGCUACGUUUUUCAAAUUGCCCCACGUGUCAUUUUGAAGCAAGUCAGAGUAUCUUACAGUCGGUAGAAAUAUAAGUACCUGUAAUAUGAAGUCGUAUCUGUUUAUUUGACUUGGAUACAGUAUUAUGCAUAUUUAAUGGUAUAUUAACAUAGUUGGUGUUGAUAUAUGAACACUUUACUGAUACCGGUUAUCCUUUUUUUUUUUUUUUUUUUAAGACAAUGAUGUGGACGGAGAGACGUUGGGACGAGGCCUUACGGAAGCAAUGAUGUCUUACCUAUUUGAAAGAUCGUUUAAAAAGCAACUGCAAUUACGAGACUUUGUGGAGCAGAACAAAGAAAUAACAAUAGAGUUGGAAGUGCUGACAUCGGAUGAUCAAUUUAUUGAGACUCCAGCAUCAAAUGAAAGAAGUGUGGGGCCAGCACGUAAAACACUUCCAGCCAUUAUUUCUAUUCCACGUUUCCCAUAUGACGUGCAGCACAAAUUGGAUGCAAAAGAACCAUGCCACAAGAUUCCAAAAUACCGGAACAUAAUCGUACGAACUUUGUAUGAGAUGAUGGCACAGUACACAAUGUUUCCAAGUAACCAGGAGUAUAUUCAGGUUGCCAAAGCAUUCAUCUUGAAAUACCCCUCUCUGAAGGACAUCGAUGGCAAUGGUUAUCAUACUUGGCAUAUGUCAUUGAAAAGAAAAUUCAAGACUGAACGUGCUCCUCUAGUUCAUGAUGUAGAAGUUCGAAAGUACAAAGAGAGGUAUGCCGAGUCCAGAAAGUCCAAGACCGUGGAUGAAUCAGCCGUUGUAGUCCAUAAACAGGCUAGAAGUGCAUCAGAGUUUGCUGUGAUUGGGGAAGACGCUACCUCUAUUGAAGCCCAUGUCAGAGUUCUAACAGAACAAUACACAAAGAUGCAACCUGACAUGAUGAUCGUGAAAGACCGCAUGACCAGGACAUUCUCAUGGAGACGCUCAGAAAUCGCUGAGGGAAUUUCUGUGGAGGACCUGUUGAAAAAAUAUCCAUUUCUUUCAACACCCUCUGGGUUGUAUGAUGAGGUGGACUGCAUUCAUCCUGCCCCAGUUCCAGUAGACAGGCGCAUCAUAGAGAACUUAACUUCCCUGCUUCCUAAACUUACUAAAUUAGUGAAGGACACAUCACCUCUUAAACAAGUCUACCUAGAUGCAAAACGUGAUGCCCUGACUGUGGACCAUGCAGCUAUUGACACCAGGGGUGGACUUCUCCUCUUGCCAUCGAUCUUUAAAGAGAAAAUCGAGAACUUGAUCAUUCUUGGACAGAAUGAGCCGGCCACCCCGCACCCAACUAUUAGGCUGAGGGACCAUGAUUGGAAGACUGCUAUUGUUGACAGAGCUGAAACCAUCAUCGAAGUUGACGGGGUUAGGAUGUGCUCCUGUAUUGGUGUUGAAGAGGCUUUCCGAGCAGUGUUCUGCAUGAGGGCAUAUGCUAAGGCAGUGGUUCCCAAAGUGUGGGUCGGUAUUGUGGGAGGUAUUGCAGGGGGGUCGCGGGGGAGGGAUGGGGCUCAGGCAAUGGCUGGGAAGCACAACGGGCUCCAAGCGCUCAUAAAGCGUGUGUCGCCCAACGUUCAUUGGACUCACUGUAUGAUCCAUCGAGAAGCGUUGGCUUCUAAACAGCUGAGUCCCGAAUUGAACGAGGUGAUGACGGACGUCAUUGCCACAGUGAACUACAUCAAAACGCGCCCUGUUAAGGCCCGACUUUUCUCUGCGCUAUGCGAGGAAAUGGGAUCCAAUCACACAGCUGUUUUGUUUCACAGCGAAGCGCGAUGGUUGUCACGUGGGAAGGUUCUGUCCAGGGUAUUUGAGCUGCGGGAGGAAAUUCUGAUUUUUUGGGAGGAGGAGGGUCAUGACCUCGCGGUUAAUUACAGUGAUGAAAAUUUUCUUACGAAAGUUGCCUACCUCAGUGACAUGUUCCAGAAAUUAAAUUAA